ACCGCUGUUUUUUUGCUUCAAAAGUUUUCGAAAACCGUUUUUUCACAACAUAGACGGAACAACUUCUAAUUUUUUGUGAUUUAACUGCACUUUGCAACGUUAUUUCAAAAAUUUUGCGAAUUUUUUUUAAAGCGAAAAUAUAAGCGGCUUAGCCGGCUGGCGGCCGGCUAAGCCGGCUGGAAAAUUUGGUCAGCCGCUCUAGCCGGCUGAGACUUCCAGCCGCGUUGAGUUAGCCGGCUAAGGGCUUCAGCCUCUACGCUAAGUCUUCAUACGUGUGCAUUGCAUGCACGCAUACGCGGAUACGUGCGCUCAGCCUUAGGACGCGUGAUGACGUCCGCUACAAGCAGGAGCCUUUUACAUAUAAUUUUUUGGUGAGCUACGACCAGCAGGCAGCGACACGCUGUCUUGAAACUCGGAAAAUAUUUUUGUAGUUUCGAACUUUUUGGCUUUUGCUUUUAUAAGUUUUAUGAUUAUCCUUUUAUUGUUAUUAUACUAUUAUGCGUAGUUAACUGAUUGCUGUAUGUUUUGUUUUUGUAGUGCGGUGAGUUUUAUUGUGUCUGACAAUCUCGCUUGUGUUUAUAGUUGUGUACAAGUUGAUUUAAGGUUCGUGUCAUCGUGUGCGUACUGUAGUAAAAUAAUACUACUCGUAGUGAUUUAUGCAGAAACGAAAAGCGUUUGAUCUUAAUCUUGAUCUGCUUUGUUCGACUGGGAUUUAUUAAAUUUUGAUAUUGGGGAGUUUUCAUGAAUUCGCGACAUUUCCAAUGGCUGGCAUCCCGCUUUUGAAGGAUUUCGAGCAACAGUAUGCUGCGAUCACAGCAGAAAUUAUGCAUAAACUCAGCGACACGCGUUACCAGUCUGGAGGGGAAAGACGGUUAACGAUAAGGGAAGUGGAACGAUCGUUUGAAGAAUGUCGCGAAUUGUUCGAGCAGAUGGAACUGGAGAUCCGUGCUUUGACGGGAGAGGAGAGGGCGAAACAUCUGAAUCGACUUCAGAGUUACAAGCAGCAAGUCAAUACUUUACAGCAGGACUUGAAAGAACUGAAGAAUCCGAAGUUGGCCGACGCGCAUUUUCAGGACGCCGUAGUGGACGUUAGCGACCAGCGCGCCCUCCUCCUGGAGCGAGUGCAGGACAGCAGCGACCAUCUGGACCGUGCCACCCGUACUCUGGAUCAGGGCUACCGCGUGGCCUUGGAGACCGAACAGAUCGGCGCCAGCGUCCUCAACAACCUCAACACACAAAGGGAGACGCUGAAUAAAGCCCGCUCCCGAAUGAACGACAUGGAAGAAGAUCUGGGCCGAAGUUCUCGAAUUUUGACGGUGAUGAUUCGGCGGGUGGUACAGAAUCGAGUGCUGGUGGUCGGCAUUGUGGCCGUAUUGUUGAUUAUUAUUGGAAUUUGCGUGUACUUUGGUGUACGGGGUAGUUCCUAGACAUCCUAGUCGUCAAUCGUGGAUUUUCUGUUUAUGGGGACUUUGCAUCAACGGGGUUUCAUACCGGGGAAAUGCUGAUACGAUGAUCUCGAUGAUAUUGUUUGACAGUUUUGUGUAUUUUUAAUUAUGGCUUGCCUUCUAUAAGCUGCAGUUUUUAUGGAUUUUGUUUUAUAUUGAAAUUGAAAUUUCACGCCUUUUUACUAGUGUUUAGUCAAAUGCUUUGCAUUAGUAAGUUAUUUUAUUUAAAUAAAUUAUUUAUU